AUGCUCCUGAGCUUGACUUUGUUGACUGAUUUGGUAGGCGGCCCCGCCGGAUGUGCCACAGCUGUUGGCCUCGCGAAGUCUGCCCAAAGACCAACUGUUCUUCUUCUAGAAGCAGGCGGUCCGAACGAGGAUCAGGCCCUGCGCGUGGACGGCCGGCGGUGGCUCAACUUUAAGAAUGAAGAAGCCAACUGGAAUUACCAGACGACGCCCCAAGAGCACUGCAACAAUCGUGUCAUCGACUAUUCACGAGGAAAAGGACUUGGCGGCUCCUCGGCGAUCAACUUCGGUGUCUUCAGCGUCGGGCCCAAGGACGACUAUGACGAGUGGGCCCGCAUUACAAACGAUGAUGCCUACGGCUGGCAAGCGAUGCAAGCCCGAUUCAAGCGUCUCGAGUCGUUCCACGGCAGCCCCCCCACCGGCAUCGACGCAAAGUACGUCUCACACAAGGCUGAAAAUCAUGGUACCUCCGGACCACUGCAUGUUGGCUACGCAGCCGAGUGGGAGAGAGAUUUGACCCCUUUGCUUGACGUGUUCGAGAAAGCCGGCUACCCGCUGAAUACCGAUCACAAUUCCGGCAAUCCACUCGGCGCAUCAGUUGUGAUUAACUCCAGCCAUGCCGGACGUCGCACAAUGGCUCAGGAUAUGUUGACGCCUGGCCUCGAAAACCUCGACGUGCUUACCGGAAGGCCUGUGCAGCGGCUCAUUCUUGAUGGCACCAAAGCCAUUGGCGUAGAAGCAAACGGAAUCAAGUGUACGUGCGAUCUAGAAUCCCCUUUUUGCUUCCCUUGGCGAUACAUGCUUAAUCCCCACGACAGACUUCACUACUCGUGA